AUGCUGCAUGUGCCGCGCUUUAUCACUGGUAACUUCAAGCCUCAUCACCUCUUUCUCGAGGAUGUGGAGUAUGGAAGAGCUUUGGAUGCGCUGGUGAAAGCCGUGUCUGAUGUUUUGAUCACGUCGCCUGAUGGAUCUCGAGUUUUUCUGGGAAAGCGCAAGGUCCAUCCGCAACCUGAUUGGUGGUAUAUGGGAGGCCGAGCCAAACCUGGAGAAAGUCCUCAGCAGGCCGCGGCUCGUGUGAUGCGCCGCGAACUGUGCCUGCAGCUGCCAGCCACGCGCUUUGAGGUGAUUGGAAGCUACUCCAUGACCUGGGCCAUGCGCGAGCAGGCUCCUGCUGAGCACGGCACCGCAGAUAUCAGCACAGUACAUCAUUUGGUUCUCCAACCAGAGGAGGAGGCUGCAGUGAAGAUCGAUGAGAAGGAAUAUGCCGAAUCCCAAUGGUUUGGCAGGGAUGAGAUCUUGCUCGGCCAAUUCCACCCAAUCCUCAAGCAGGCUUUGAGGGACUUGCAGGCCAAGACCAUGUACAGAAUGCUUCAGCAGGCUGUACAGGAACAAGCGAAGGACAGCGAAGUGUCCCAACUUGCGCGGAGCUUUGUGGCUGCGGCUCAGGAGUCCAUGGCACUCGACGACAAAGGGGUGAUGCAAGUUGACUUCGAUGAAGAAAGUCGCAACUACGCCAUCUCCUUCAAAGACGAGGCUAAGGCGUGUGGCUACAAGAGCGGCUGCUUGGUCUUGCAGGACUUGGGCAGGAGAGUCUCAAUCGCCCUGGAACUUUCAGCAUCAGGGCGAAAACUGGGCACGGGAUGCCUUUUUUUUCUCAGCUAA